GCAGCCUGUUGCGGGACGGGAGUCGGAUCCAGCGCACCAUGGCGACGGUGAGGAAGAAGCUGGUGGUGGUUGGAGACGGGGGCUGCGGUAAGACCAGCCUGCUGUUCGUACUGAGCCGGGACCAGUUCCCUGAAGAUUACGUCCCCACCGUGUUCGAGACCUACGUGGCGGACAUCGAGGUGGACGGGAGGCAGGUGGAGCUGGCGCUGUGGGACACGGCGGGCCAGGAGGACUACGACCGCCUGCGACCCCUCUCCUACCCCGACACCCACGUCAUCCUGCUCUGCUUCUCGAUCGACAGCCCCGACUCCCUGUGGAACAUCCUGGAGAAGUGGGUGCCCGAGGUCAGGCACUUCUGCCCCGGCGUGCCCGUGCUGCUGGUGGGCAACAAGAAGGACCUGCGCGCCGACGAGCGGACCCGGCGGGAGCUGGCCCGCAGCAAGAAGGAGCCGGUGCGGUGGGAGGAGGGCCGGGCCGUGGCCGAGAAGAUCGGCGCCCACGCCUACCUGGAGUGCUCGGCCAAGACGAAGGACGGCGUCUGGGAGGUGUUCGAGACCGCCACCCGGGCCACGCUGAAGGUAUCGCGGAGCGGGUGCUUCGACUGUCACUGCGUCCUGCUCUGAGCAAACACGGAGGGGCAGAACCCCUCAAUUCAAUGCAGGACGGAGAAGGCAACCCCCCCACCAGACUGAGGACAAUAUAUUUGUGUGGGCAGUAAAGGUCGAGAGACAACAGGGCGUGCAAAAGCUGAGAUGAUCUCUCCGCAAGAAAGAGACUGAAAUAUUUUCCAGCUGAUAUUUAACCCCAACUGUUGAGUUUAACAACUCUUCAUUUCUUUAUUUCUGUUUUGCCGAAUGACGAACAGACGGGGUGGUGUGCAGGCUGUUAAUGUGCCCAGAUUGUUGGGGAAGUUGAUCAAGCCGGCGAUUAUCGUUAGCUGCUGAGAUCGGAGGAGUGGGGAGGCGAGCGGUGUGGGGAGGGGUCUGCUAUUGGAACGGCAACCUUCAAAGUUUCAAAGUGAAAUUAUUAGCGAAGUACGUAUGUGUCAUCCACGCUGAGAUUAAUUUUCGUGCAGGCAUGUACAGGAAAAUAAAGAUACAAUAGAAUUUAUGGGGGGAGGGAAUAUAUGUAAACAAGGACCAACCAAUGUGCGAAAGAAGGCAUUGUGUAAAUUUAAACAAAAGAUAAGUCUGGGGCAGAUGUUCUAAAGUUUAACAUCUCUGUAAAGUUUAAAGUUUGUGGAAUCAGUUCCGAGUUCACAGCCCUUGAUUGACCCCCUUGGCUUUCGAAUCAUAGAACCUUAGAAAUCUACAGCGCAUUACAGGCCCUUCGGCCCACAAUGUUGUGCCGACCACGUAACCUGCGCUAGAAACAGCCUAGAAUUACCCCACCGCAUAGCCCUCUAUUUAUUUCGAGGCCGAGCCUAUCCUUUCCGCCUCUGUUCCUUCUCAGGAGGCCAGAGGAGAGAGAAGCAGUUAAUGCUUCGGGUCGAGGAGCCUGACGCAUCCCCGCUCCUACCCCCCCACGGAGUCACUCCCUGGCUGGCCGGCAGCAUCGUCUGUGCUUUGGACUCAAAAUCUGCGGGUGCUGGAAAUCUCAAAUAAAAACAGACGUGGUAGGAAAUAGGAUGUCAAAGGUCACCAUUAAUAUGAGCUUAGUCGGUUAAGAACUCCGUACAACACCACGGGCCGGUACCGUUUAUGAAGGCAUUUAUCACAGACCAGGAUUAGAGUCAGCUGGACAAGUUUUGUGUGCUGUACAGUUCUGUAAAACUUUUGAGACUGCCGGGAUCGGUACUUGAGGUAACUGCAGCUGCUCUGGCGUUCAGAGGGAGAGAGGGGUUGUGGUCCUGGGGUAGCCAGCGACCUUCUCCAAAACAAAUGCGCUCAGGGCUGAACGAGUGGAGGGAGCUCCCCGAAGUUCUGGGAGAGGGAGGGGAAAGAGGCGCGAAAGCCCAUGACCCGGUGUGCUCUUUUCUGCCACGGUCUGAGAUCGGGUCAGUUUUUUGCAUUUAAAUCGCCCUCUGACUUUGGGUGAUACAUUACACCUGGCUGCGAUGUGUUUUAUUUUGCGCGUGUUUAGAGUUCAGGAAAUACUUUGCAUGUUUUUAAAAAAAAAUCCAGCCGCAACGAUUAAUUGUUACUUAGUGAGAACCCCGGGACUAAAUCUCUGAUACCUGAAUGUUAGUUUUGAAAAUUAUUUAUUUGAAAUGUUAUUUAAAAAUUAUUUUGGAUGUAGAUAAUGUAAAAUAAUUUUGUUUUUGACUGAAUAUGGGGGAAAAACAAACUUUUUAAAGUUGCUGAAAAGGAAAUAGACUUUAUACUGACCUUUGUUUAAUGCAAAUGAUUCGGUUUUGCAUUAAAUUAAAACUUGAA